UUGCUUAGAUAAUAGUUGAGAUUGUGAACUAAACAUAUAAACAUCUUUCUUUGAUACCUUGCUGAUGUAGCACUUCAGUUUAUUAACUUUUGAUUCUCACCUCUACUUUUUGUCUUUUUCCCAUUCAUGUUCCUUCAUCUAAACAAUUCAUUACAGAGUACUUAAUCAAGUCUCCCCUUUAUUGUCUUUCUCAGUUUCUUGCUAGCUCCUCUGAUCCUCAUGGAUUUCAUCUUUACCUUCUUCUUCUUCUUCAUUUCUUUCUUCUCAAUCUCUCCAUCCACAACUACAGCCUCAAACCUCCAUAACUGUCCACCAUUAAAAUGCAACAACACCUCAUCACAAGAUCUAACCAUCCAAUACCCUUUCCACAUCCAAAACCAGCAACCUCAAGAAUGUGGGCUCCCAGGUUUUGCCCUAAACUGCAACCACAACAAGACCACAACUUUGCAUUUCCCUUCUUAUGGAGACUUAGUUGUGAAGUCAAUCUCCUAUGAUCUCCAAAGGGUAGAUCUCCUCGACCCCAAAAACUGCGUUCAUGAAGUCUUCUUGAACCUCAACCUCUCUCAGACACCCUUCACUUACUACUACACCUUGAAGGAAUACAAAUACCUAAAGUGUUUAGCACAGCUCCCCCCUCCUUACCUUCAAGUCCCUUGCCUCAGUGUUUCUGGCUUCCAUUUUUACAUUGUGGAGACAUGUAUGAGUGUUCCAAUAUCUUGCCAGCAUGUGAAGACUGUGGCCAUUCCGUUCUCGUAUAGUCCUUACUUGAAUGAUAACAGUUUUGGGCUGAGAUUGAGUUGGAAGAUGAGUGGUGGUGGUGAAGAAGCUGCAGGGCACCAUGGAGGAAUGUUCAUCAAGAUUGCAGCUUAUCAAGUGUUGGUGGUUGCCAUGUUUAUAUUGGUUGCUAUGGUGGUGUUAUAUUAUGUGAGGACUUCUAAGUCCAAGAAAUUAAGCUCAGAGGAGGAGAUGAAGAUGGAGAAUAAUGGAGAUGAUGAAGUAGUGAAGGUUGAAGCAUUAUUAUUGCUAGGAGAAUAUGAAGUUGUCCCCUCAAGCCCUAGCAAGGGGAGACUCAAUGUUUCAUGUCAAGCUAUCUAGUUGAUAUGAUGAUGACUCACCAAAUGCCAACUACAUAAGGGCAUGAGACAAGCAAUUAGAUAUCUACAUAUUCAAAUAAGAAAAAUAAAAAAGAAGAAGAAGAAAUAUGUAAACCGUUUAAAUUUUUGCAAUAGAA